UGUGUUGCCCUUCAAAUCUAUAUAAGGAUCUGUGACUGUAAGUUUAAGCCCACCCAGUUUCGUUUGUCUGACCAACCCUUCUCCCUAUUGGUCACUUAUUCAAGUAGCUAGUUUUUGUUUUCAAUAUCCGAGAGAGAGAGAGAGAGAUCUUGGUCAUUAUUUCUGGGUUUUUCUUUUUCUAUUUUUCUCUAGGUAGGAAGAGGGCAUUUGAGCAACCCAAGUGAGGUUUUGUUGGUUUAUGCAGAAGGGGCUUUGGUGGUAUUUUUUAUAUCUGAGAUUUUUGAAGGGUUUAAGAGAGACUAUUGAAGAAAAAAGUUAACAAAAAAAAAGACUAUAUAUAUGCAACAUUGCUAGGAGGAGUUGAUUUUUAAAGAGACCAGUUCUGUUUCUAUUGACAGAUUGUGAAAGUGCAUGGAUUAAAGAGUCCCGGGGCAUUCAAAAUGUUGGGAGGGAGGCAAGUGAUUUGCAGUAUGAUUAGCUUCUUUUCGCUUCAAUGAUUGAGUUGCCUUGCAGCGAGGACUCUUAACUUCUGUAAACUUGAGAGUCAGAAAAGCAACAGAGGGAGAGAGAAAGGGAAAAGAAGAUGAAGUCUCUGAACGAGAAUGACAAUGGCAGCAAUAAUAACUGGCUGGGUUUCUCACAUUCGCCCCACAUGUAUAUGGAGGUGGCUACUGAUCCCAAACACCGUCAUCAUCAGUACCCUCAUCAUAGUCAAGCUUCUGCCGCUGUUCCUACGAGCUUCUACUUGUCUUCUCACCUCAAUGGCUCUGGAAUCUGCUAUGGGGUUGGUGAUAGUGGAGCCUUUCACGCUCCUUUGUCUGUUAUGCCACUUAAGUCAGACGGCUCUUUAUGCAUCAUGGAAGCUCUCUGCAAUAGAUCACAGUCAGAAGGGAUUGUGCCUACUUCGUCUCCAAAAUUGGAGGACUUUCUGGGUGGUGCAACUAUGGACCCUCAUCAAUAUGGAAGUCACCAACGAGAAACAAUGCCUCUCAGCUUAGACAGCAUGUACUUCCACCAAGAUGCGAAUCAGGAACACAACCGGCAGCAUUCUCUGGACCUUCUCCAAGAACCCUUUAGAGAGCAAGAACAAGAGUUUUCUGUUAAAACUCACCCCUACUUUUCAGGACAUGCCUGCCAAGCCAUGUUUCAUUCGCCAUUGGAGGAGGAAACCAAGGAUACCCAACUUGCAGACUGUGUUUCCCAGAUUCCUCAAUUGGGAGAAGAAACAAUGUCUUAUUUUAAAAACUGGGUACCUUCUCACUUCUCUACCCGUGGUUCAAUGGAACAACAGAUGACUAGUAUCAUGGUCGAUGAUGGAGCAGCUUCCGGCUCUGUCGGUCCAAUGGGGGACUUGCAGUCCCUAAGUUUGUCGAUGAGUCCUGGUUCCCAAUCCAGUUGCGUUACAGCUCCAAGGCAGAUUUCACAACCUACAACUGAAUGUGUGGCCAUGGAAACAAAGAAAAGAGGGCCUGGAAAGGUGGGUCAGAAACAAACUGUUCAUAGGAAGUCCAUUGACACUUUUGGACAAAGAACAUCCCAGUAUCGGGGUGUCACAAGACAUAGAUGGACGGGUAGAUAUGAAGCUCAUCUGUGGGACAACAGUUGCAAGAAAGAAGGGCAAACCAGGAAAGGGAGGCAAGUUUAUCUAGGGGGUUAUGACAUGGAAGAUAAGGCUGCCAGAGCUUAUGAUCUUGCUGCUCUUAAGUACUGGGGAUCUUCCACGCAUAUAAAUUUUCCGCUUGAAAAUUACCGUGAAGAACUGGAAGAAAUGAAGAACAUGAACUGCCAGGAAUAUGUUGCCCAUUUACGGAGGAAAAGUAGUGGGUUCUCGAGAGGGGCCUCAAUGUUCAGAGGAGUUACUAGACAUCAUCAGCAAGGAAGGUGGCAGGCUCGCAUUGGCAGGGUUGCUGGAAACAAGGACCUUUAUCUGGGAACAUUUAGCACCCAAGAAGAUGCAGCCGAAGCUUAUGACAUUGCCGCAAUCAAGUUUCGGGGUGCAACUGCCGUGACGAAUUUCGACAUCGGUAGAUACAAUGUUGAGAGGAUCAUGGCCAGCAGUACUCUGCUUGCUGCGGAGUUAGCUAGGCGAAACAAAGAGACCGAUUCCAGCAAUGAGGUUGGUGAUUACAAUACACCCAGGCUAUCCAUCGGUGAGACGUUUCAAACCCUAGUCAACCGUGGGAAUGUUUCGGACUGGAAGAUGGUUCUGCAUCAAACACCACAGUUGCAACCGCGACCAAUUGUUGAUGGUUUUGAGUCACUUGUACCCGAGUCUAUGAAUAAUGAAAAUGAUCGAGAUGCCACUUUUUCGGCAGCCCUGCAUGGAGUCGAUUCAGUGGUCUCGAGUCAACCUAUGGUGAAUGAAUCCACCAAGCUAGGAAGUCAUUAUUCUAACUCGUCUUCGUUGGUGACCAGCGUAAGCAACUCUAGAGAUGGCAGCCCGGAUAAACCAAGGUCCAGUAUGCUCUUUGCUAGGCCACCCUCGGCAUCGAAGUUUGUUACUCCAACAAAUGGUGUUAGUUGGUUCCCCUCGACAUCGAUGCGGCCCGGUGCUCCCUCAAUGGCUCACUUGUCCCUCUUCGCCGCCUGGACCGAUACCUGAAACCCUCAUCUCUUGCUUAAUGCAAACACAGGAAGUUUUGCAUGUGCAAGAA